AUGGCGGUUGAGGAUGAUGUCCAAAACCCGCUGCACACGGGAAUUGAUACCGAGAAGGAUGAGCACCAUAACAGGAAAGAGUCGACCAGCCCGUCCGAGCAGGCUGACAACACCCACGCCGAACAUGCUUCGCAAGUGUCCAGCAGCGAGAGCGACUCUCGCGGUAAGGUCAGGCCGGACGGAAAGCGAGAACUAACCGAAGACGACGCAUACGAUGCACUUGGGUUCUGCUUUCGGUGGUAUAAGAAGUGGACAAUCCUCACCGUCAUCUUCGUUGUCCAGAUGUCCAUGAACUUCAACAGCAGCACCUACUCCUAUGCGGUAUCUGGGCUGACGGAAGAGUUCAACAUUAGCAAGCAAGCAGCGCGGACCGGUCAGAUGAUCUUCUUGGUUGCCUACGCCUUUGGAUGUGAGCUUUGGGCACCAUGGAGUGAGGAGUUUGGCCGAUGGCCUAUCAUGCAGCUCAGUUUGACGUUCAUGAAUAUUUGGCAGAUCCUUUCAGCAUUAGCCCCGAACUUUGGGUCCAUGCUUGUUAGUCGUUUUCUGGGUGGUAUCAGCUUAGCUGGAGGCUCUGUCACGCUGGGGAUGACUGCUGACAUGUGGGAAGCCGACGAUCAAGGCUUCGCCGUGGCAUAUGUGGUGUUGUCGUCUGUGGGUGGUACUACAAUUGGACCCUUCUUCGGUGGUAUGAUGGAGCAGUGGCUGCAUUGGCGAUGGAAUUUUUGGAUCCAGCUCAUCUUCGGCGGCGUUACCCAGAUCCUGCAUCUUUUACUCGUACAAGAAACGCGCUCAACUAUUCUUCUUGAUCGGGAGGCCAAGCGCCGCCGCAAGACCGGCGAAGACCCCAAUGUCUACGGGCCCAACGAAUUGAAGUCCCCAAGACUUGACUUCAAGGAAGUCCUGGCUAUUUGGCGCCGACCAUUUGAGAUGUUCCUGCGUGAACCAAUCGUUCUUUGCCUCUCUCUGCUUUCUGGUUUCUCCGACGCCCUGAUCUUCACCUCCAUCGAGUCGUUCGCUCUUGUCUUCGAGCAGUGGGGCUUUGACCCCCUGAGGAUUGGUCUCUGCUUUGCAACGAUCAUCAUAGGAUACCUCAUGGCCUAUGUAAUCUUCAUACCCGACAUCUGGCGUCAGCGCAAGAUCCGCAAGGAACAAGGGAAUGCCGCUCGCUUGCCAGAGCGCCGCCUCCUACUUCUUCUGUUUAUAGCUCCACUGGAAGCCAUCGGACUUUUCGGAUUCGCGUGGACGACGAUGGGUCCAGACUAUAAUCACUGGAUCGUGCCUCUAAUCUUUAUGUUCCUGAUCGCGAUCGCCAACUAUGGUAUAUACAUGGCUACGAUCGAUUACAUGGUCGCCGCUUACGGUCCGUACUCUGCCUCUGCGACGGGCGGCAACGGGUUUGCUCGUGAUUUCCUCGCUGGUCUGUCCGCCAUGUAUGCGACGCCGAUGUAUCAAAACAUUGGCGGCAGAUUUCAUUUGCAAUGGGCGAGUACGAUUCUCGGUGUUUUGGCCAUCUUUGUCACUAUCCCAAUCUAUGUCUUCUAUUGGAAGGGGCCGCAGAUCCGGGAGAAGAGCAAGUUCGCUCAAACCCUGGCGGCAGAUCGGGCGCUUCAUGAGGGUAGGAGGGUUAGCUAUAUGAGUGGGAGGGAGAGGCCCUAUGCGGCUUGA